UCUUCUACAUACAUCUAGACUGGCCGUGUGAUCAUGCAUGAAAUCAAAGUCAAAAUAUUUGAUAGUUUCAUUAGGAAGGCUUUCUGAAGCUGUCAUUCCAGCAUACCCCCGCCCAAGGUUGAGUACUCCGUAGGUGGUCAGGGAAAUAGUGAGAAAUACGAGGCACCAAGGAGGAAAAAAAGCCAUAUAUCAAGCUCCCGAAAGCCAGUAUUUACCAAGGCACCGGGAUCUGAGCUUCUGCUGGUGAAGAAGAGAGUCCAGGCGGCGGAAACGGGAAAAGAGGGUUUCCAAGGUUUGGGGCAGAUCGUUUAUCAUGUAGCAGCAACCUAGCCAUCAUGCAUUAUUUAACGAUUAAUGCUAUUUAUUUACUCCAUAAUAUUCAGUAUUCAGUACAACAUCAAGUACAGUACAACAAUCACCUGCUGAGAUCUCCCCCAGAUGUUAAAACCUUCAACUGGCAAAAUGGCAUCUGUAUCGCGAUGGGAAAAGCUAUUGCUUCGCCCCGCACUGUCAAGUGCGACAGCGACUCUGCCGGCGCCAACAGCAAUCCCGAUAUUUGUUUAUGGCACCGCGUGGAAAAAGGAGCAGACAGCAGAUUUGGUCUACCAGGCGCUCUCCGCUGGGUUUAAAGGCGUAGACACAGCCGCCCAACCGAAGCAUUAUCGAGAGGAUCUAGUUGGCGAGGGCCUACGAAGGGCGUUGGCGGAGGGCAAAGUAAAGAGGGAGGAUCUCUAUGUACAAACCAAAUACACGCCAAUUGGAGGUCAAGAUCCCCACUCGGUCCCCUAUGAUCCCUCGUCUCCAAUUGCAGCUCAGAUUCAUUCCUCCGUCAAAUCGUCGCUAGCAAACCUCCGCUCGCGCGAAGAUACAAGCUCAGAAACGGACACCUACCUCGAUGCACUUGUCCUGCACAGUCCCCUCCCAACCAUCAACGAGACACUCGAAGCCUGGGCAGCGUUAGAAGAAUACGUCCCGCACAAGAUACGAAACCUCGGCAUCUCAAACUGCGACCUCCGCGUCCUCAAGGCCAUCCACAGCUCGACCAAAGUGAAGCCCGCCGUCGUCCAGAACCGAUUUUACCCAGGCUCAAAGUUCGACGUGGACCUGCGCCAAUUCUGCCGCCAGAACUCCAUCGUAUACCAGUCGUUCUGGACGCUGACUGCAAACCCGGAGCUGGUAUGGUCGACUGAGGUCGGUCUGUUGAGCCAGCAGGCCCGCAUCAGCCCGCAGGCCGCGCUGUACUGCUUGGUGCUGGGCCUGGGAGACACGGUCAUGCUCAAUGGAACGAAGAAUGAGGGUCGGAUGCUGGCCGAUCUUGCUGCGCCCAAGGCCGUGGAGGAGUUUUCGUCGAAGUAUCCAGAGCAGUGGGAUAGAAUACUGGGGAGGUUUAAGAAGAAGAUUGGUGAGACGGAAUGAAAAAAGAAAAAGGGGAAGGGGAAGGGGAAUGGGAAAGAGUACAAGAGAAACGAAUACAAGAGAAAUUCUACCUAGAAGUAUGAUGAAGGCGCUAGCUGCGAGAAGAAUGGGCGACUGUCUAUUCUCUUUGUGUGAAUUGCACCAUUGUUGUGCUAGCUGUGAGGUAGGACUAUUUAGACAUUCUUUUUGGUAAAGCAAUUGUAUGCAAUUCUGAUACAGUCACUUGAGACAAAAGGUCUUGUCUAGCUUGUUGCUGGUGGUGGAUGUUGACUGUGCCUUGUGGUUAUACCCCAUAUCACUACCUAAAAUGAAUGAUGAUAUCUAUGCAAAGACAGAAUAAAAAUUGAGACUUAUUUCAUAUUUAUUUCUAUUGAUGCCUUACAGUCUUAUUCAAAUGAUUUGCUUUUCUUUCUUUAAAUUUAAAUUCUGCUGAGAUGUUUUAAAUAAAUGAAUGUAUAAACUAUAUAUUUAUGAGCUGCAAGAUGUAACUAACUAGUUAACUAUUCAGUUUAGAGUUGUAAAUCAUUUCACAGCUUCUCUAUUUCUUUAGGAAGAGAGAUACUCAGCAAAGACAUACUGUGUAUUUCGAUUUCUUUCUCUAGCAAUAGUCCAACUAGAUUGUUCACUUC